AUGAUGGCCUUGGUCCGGGAUCGCAGGGCUCAUUAUAUCAUGAGCAUAGUUAUUACAUGGGUUCACUGUUUUUCCUUCUCCCUGAGGGGGACCUUUGGCACACGCUAGGAGGCCAUGAAAGCCAAGGCCACCGAGCUGUGGCUCUGGCGCGCGCGUAGGAAGCGAGAAGCUCGGGAAUCCAAGCCCCCGCAAAUGCGCGGGUCCACGAGACUCAACAUUUCAGAUGAUUUAAAGAUUGGCUUUUUCAGCACAGACCAUGCCACUCAAACCGAUUCCAGUGAAAUACUGUCAGUAAAAGAAUUGAGUUCAUCCACGCAAAAGUUAGCACAGAUGAUGAAAUCCCUCCAGGUGGAUUUUGGGUUCCUCAAACAAUUGCUUCAGUUGAAGUUUGAGGACCGACUGAAAGAGGAAUCUUUGCGUCUCUUCAACAUUCUACAUGACAGGAUCCUGGAAAUUGAAAAGCAUUAUCAACAGAAUGAGGAUAAGAUGAGAAAAUCCUUCAAUCAGCAGUUAGCUGAUGCCAUAGCUGUUAUCAAAGGAAUGUACCAGCAAUUUUUUGAGGUAGAAGAAGAGAACAUUAAUUUGCAAGAUGCGAGUAGUGUCAAAAUAAAUAUUUUGUUAAGAAAACUGAAAGAGAAAGAAGAAGUUAUUAAAGAAUUAAAAGAACAACUAGACCAAUAUGAAGAUUUGGGAUUUCACAAAAUGGAAUCUUUUCCCAAGGAAACCAGCUCUCCAAAAUCAAACACAGAAAAGGAAAAUUUGGAGUACAAACUGGAAAAUGAGAGGCUGCUUCAGAUCAUUUCAGAGCUUGAAGAAGAAAUCCAGAUCAAUCUAAAAGAAAAUUCAGGAUUAGGCUGCAAAAUCAGCCAAGGAGAGAGAAGCCUCUUUGUCCCCAAGGUCCAAGUCUCCACCCAGCACCACAGCUUCGAGUCCACAUUCUGCGACCAUGAGUAUAUCAUCUACUGGGGCCAAGAAAGCUAA